AACGAACAUGUUAAUAUUAGUGAAAAUAGAGUAAUCAAGGAAAGAAAUGGCCAAUAUUAUUAAAAAUAUACAAAGUUACAUAAAUAAAAAAGAAGAUAUAUAUAAGGAUUUAGAGGAAAAAAAGGAGUUUUAUGAUGAAAAAGACAAGGGAAAUGGUGUAGAAUAUCAUACAGAGUCGGGAGAAGGAUCAGGGAAAUUUUUAGGGAGUAAACCAAUGGUUGAUCGAAUGACUAAAAAUUUGAAAUUUACUAAUAUAUAUAAUAAUGAUGAGAAAUAUGUCCAGGAAACAAGUCUUGAUAGUGAGAAUUAUCUUAUAAUUUCAGGGAUGGAUAUUAGUAAAAUAAAGAAAUUUAUAUAUUAUAUAAUUUGUACGAUGUCGGGGGGAUUUAUAUAUUUGAUUUUAUUGUGGAUGCCGCAAUGGAAAGCACGAUUUAUAUUUAAACGAUCACCAUUAAGCAAUUGUGAAUGGGUUGCAAUUGAGAAUAAAUAUAAGGAAAUUAGUAUAUUAAAGGUUAAAAAAAAGAAACAUGGUAAGCAUAUAUUUUCGAUUUAUGAAGGGUUUCAAGAUGUAUAUGAUAAAUUUCAAAAUGAAGAGGAAAAGAUUGAGAAGCCUUAUGUAAGAUAUAUCGAUUAUUGUUAUAUUCGUAUUAUUUAUUCACUGGAACAACAAAAGUUUCUACCAUCUUAUACAUGGAAAGAUCCUCGUCGUAUACUUUCUAUUGAAGAUAUUUCCAAAGGAUUAACUACAGAUAUAAAAAAUAACAGAGAAAUUAUUUUUGGGAAAAAUAUUAUAGAUAUAGAAGAAAAGUCGGUUAUUAAAUUAUUAGUGACAGAGAUUCUUCAUUAUUUUUAUAUUUUUCAAAUAUUUUCUAUAAUAUUGUGGAUGUUUGAUGACUAUUAUUAUUAUGCAUCAUGUAUCCUUAUUAUUACAACUGUAAAUAUUGUGAUUACUUUAGUAAAAACUAGAAAGAAUAUAAAAUCAUUUCGUCUAAUGUCUCGAUACAUAACUAAUGUUAAUGUUUUGCGUGACGGAACAUGGGUUUCUCUUUUAUCUUCAGAAUUAGUUCCAGGUGACAUUUUUGACAUAUCAGAUCCAGAAUUAACAACUCUACCAUGUGAUUCUAUAUUAUUAACAGGUGAUUGUAUAGUAAAUGAAAGUUCUCUAACUGGCGAAUCCAUUCCCGUUUCUAAGAUAUUUGCACCAGAAAAUGCUGUAAAAUCGCUUCUUGAGGUAGAAACAGAAGUACCUAAAGAAUUAUCCAAACAUUACCUUUUUUGCGGAACUAAAAUUAUCCAAACUCGAAAAUCAUAUAAAUAUCAUAAAUCAAGAGCGUUAGCAGUGGUUGUAAAAACAGGAUUUGAUACUACAAAAGGUAUUUUAAUAAGAUCUAUACUUUCCGAAAAGCCUGCUAGUUUCAAAUUUUAUAAAGAUUCAUUGCGUUUUCUAGGAGUUAUGGCAAUAAUUGCUUUAUGCGGCUUUAUUGUCAACUCUAUAAGAUUUGUUCAAAUGGGGAUUGCAUGGAAUCUUAUUAUUCUUAGAGGUCUUGAUUUAAUUACAAUAGUUGUUCCUCCUGCUUUACCUGCGACUUUAAUAAUUCAAACCAAUUUUGCAGUUUCGAGACUUAAAAAACAUCAGAUAUAUUGUAUUAGUCCUUCAAAGGUAAAUAUUUCAGGGAAAAUAAAUGUUAUGUGUUUCGAUAAGACGGGGACACUAACAGAAGACGAUUUUGGCGUUUUAGGAGUGAAAGUAGUAGAUGAUUCUACCAACAGGUUAGGAGAAAUUCAUAACAAGGCACAAACGUUAACAUUUUAUACAUCUAAUUACAAUAAUUUGAAACCUACUGAUAAGGAAAAUGCUAUGCUUUAUGCUAUGGCAACCUGUCAUUCUUUAAGACUUAUAAACAAUAAAUUGGUUGGCGAUCCUUUAGAUAUAAAAAUGUUUAACUUCACUGAAUGGAUAUACGAAGAAAAUCAAGAACAUACAGAUUUAGAUAUUCAUUUUGAAAACGUUAGAAAUCAGGAUGCUGUUCAAAAUUCUGACGAACAAAUUAUAUCAUCUAUAAUUAAACCAAAAAAAGAUCUUCAAAUUAAUGAUAUUAAAGAUUCAAAUUUUGAAAACAUUUCUAAUUUUGAAUUUGGCAUUAUAAAAUCUUUUCAAUUUAUCUCUCAUUUACGAAGAAUGAGUGUUAUAGUUAAAGAAUUUAAUUCGACAGAUAUGCAUGUUUAUCUAAAAGGUGCACCUGAAAUAAUGGAAGAUGUUUGUCAGAAAGAUAGCUUUCCUGAAAAUUAUAAUGAAGUUCUUUCUUAUUAUACACAGCAUGGUUACAGAAUAAUUGCGUGUGCAACAAAAACUCUUUCUAAUAUAUCCUGGGCUAAAGCUCAAAAAAUAGGAAGAGAGAAUAUAGAAAAGAAUUUGUUAUUUCUUGGUUUCAUUAUUUUCGAGAAUAAACUUAAGCCUGUAUCGGCCGAUGUUAUACAAACACUUAGAAAUGCUGACAUAAGAUCUCUUAUGUGCACUGGCGACAACAUUCUAACAUCCAUUAAUGUUUCUAAAAAGUGCAAUAUCUUACAGCAAGAUGAAGAUGUAUAUGUUGCAUCCAUUCAAAGGAAUAUUGAUUCCUCUGAUGCUAAAUUGCUUUGGAAAAACAUAGAAGAUCCAAGAAUGUUAUUAGACAAUGAAACAUUUAUACCUCAAUAUGACUCUUCUGAUCUAAAUGAUUCUUCAUAUUACAAAGCUUGUACUCCAAAAAAAUAUUCAUUAGCAAUUACUGGAGAUGUUUUUAAAUGGAUGAUUCAAUUUUCUCAUCAUUCUGUUUUAGAAAAAAUGCUUAUGAAAACUCAAAUCUUUUCUCGUAUGUCUCCUAGCGAAAAGAAUUUAUUAGUAAAAAAAUUGCAAUCUUUGGGUUAUUGUGUAGGUUUUUGUGGCGAUGGCACCAAUGAUUAUGGUGCAUUAAAGUCCGCAGAUUCGGGAAUUUCUUUUUCAGAAACAGAAGCAUCCAUUGUUUCUGCUUUUGCAAGUAAAGUCUAUGAUAUUAGUUGUGUUUUAGAUCUUAUUCGCGAGGGAAGAGCAUCACUUGCUACUAGUUUUAGCUGUUUUAAAUACAUAGCACUUUAUUCAGCCAUACAAUUCAUGACUGUUAGUAUUCUCUAUUCCUCUGCAUCUAAUCUUGGAGAUUUUCAAUAUUUAUAUAUUGAUUUAAUACUCGUAUUUCCUAUUGCUAUAGCGAUGGGAAGAACUAAAGCAAAUCUUAGACUGAUCAAAAAACGUCCUCCUGCAAGUUUAGUUUCUAAAAGAGUCAUUGGUUCUCUUUUAGGACAUAUUUGUAUAUUACUAUCUUUACAACUUACGGUAUAUUAUCUCGUCCGUAUACAAAAUUGGUAUAAAAAACCAUCUCCUCUUUCCGAUCUUUUUGACAUUUCAAACUCUGAUAACUCUUCUUUAUUUUUAUUUUCUUGUUAUCAAUAUAUCUUGGUUGCUCUUGUAUUAAAUACUGGACCUUAUUGUGAACCUGUUUAUCGUAACAUAAUAUUCAUCUUUAUCGUACUCUUUUCUACAGCUACUGUCACUUAUUUUCUAUUUAAACCUGCAAUUUGGAUAUACAAAAUAUUGGAACUUUCAUAUUUAAAACUCGAUUUUUGUUUAUUUAUUCUUGGCCUUGCAAUAUUCAAUUAUACAAUUUCCUGGGUCUCUGAAAAAUUUAUCUUUCUACCAAUUGCUAGGUGUUUUACUUCAAUCAUAAAGAUGAUUUUUUUCCCACAUAAAGCUAAACAAAGAAAACGAUACAAAGUUAUACAGGAUUCAUUAGGAUUUUAGUAUGAACCUCUUUGUUUUUUAAAUUUUAAUAUAAUAUUUUUUAUAU